AUGGGGUCAUCGCCUUCUGAACCAAGCUCUGAGUCUAGUGAGAACUCACCAAGAACGAAGCUUCGGAAGUUUGGCCGCGCGCGGAGGAGUUCCCGACGUCCAAAAGUUACGAUCUUGAUAUGGAAAGAUAGAUACUUGAGUCAUGCAUCACGUCGAAGUGGAAUGAAGCCAUUUGGAUCAACUAUGAGGCCUAGACUUAUUUUCUACCGAGACAUGUCCGGUAAGCGAGUAAACGAAGCCCAUGGAGGAUUUGGAGUGUCUAAUGGCCCGAGCAGCAGCGCCAAAGGCCUUGAUCGAAUAGAGAAGAGGCCUGGCUAA